AUGGCACCUCCCUCGUCUGCGAGACCAGGGGAGGCUCCGUGGACGUCGAGGCACAAGCCCCGACACCUGGGCGAAGUGGUGGGAAACACCGACCAGGUGCGGAAAUUGGCAGAAUGGUUGCGAGACUGGGACGAUGUUGUCCUCCGCGGAAAGAAGAAAGAGCUUCCACCCCAGGACCCGACGAAGAAGUUCCAACCGGCCCCAGAGAACCUGAAUGCCCGAGCCGUGCUCGUAAGCGGACCUCCAGGGAUUGGAAAAACCACGACCUGCUGCCUUGUUGCGAGAUGUUCGCGAUACAGCCUCAUGGAGUUCAACGCCUCUGAUGCCCGGAGCAAGGCUGUGAUCGACGGUUUGGCCAACUCACUGGCAGGCAACCGCACUCUUCGCUUCGGCAAUGCUGGGAGCAACCUGAACCGCUCUGUCAUCAUCAUGGACGAGUGCGAUGGCAUGGCCGGCGGGGACAAGGGCGGUUGUCAGGCAUUGAUAAAGCUCAUCCAGGCCACGAAGAAUCCCGUGAUUUGCAUCUGCAACGAUCGAAGCGAUGCCCAAGUACGUCAGUUGGCUACCCAUUGCUACGAUCUUCGCUUCCGAAGGCCCGAGAACGUCGCUGUCGCCAAGCGCAUCAAAAGUAUCGUCCAGUCUGAGGGAAGGAAGGUGGAGAUGGCGACCGUUGAAGCAAUCGUGGAAGCUUGUGGCCAAGACAUUCGACAGGUGAUCAAUCACCUGCAGUUCUUCGGCACAAUCAUGAACGGUGGAAGGGCCUGCCAGAAGGACUCCCAAGUCAUGAUGUCCACCUUCGAAGCGUGCUCGCGGCUCCUGUCCCCUCAUCGGGAGCCUCUUCCAUUGGAGCGACGGAUGGACAUGUACUAUGUCGACAGCGAACUCAUGCCGAUCAUGGUGCAGGAGAACUAUCUGCGAGCUAUGGACAAGAAGCCAGCCAAAAUGGAUGAGUUGGCCGUCUUGGAGCGAGCUGCACAGGCGUCCUGGCUGAUAGCUACAGCCGACGGCUGGUCUCACAACUUUGAGUUGAUGAACAGCGCGGCUCUGGUGGGCACGGUGUACCCCUCUGCGCUGAUGACCAGCCCAGACCAAGCAUUUGCAAAGCCAUCCUUCCCGGCUUUUUUGCAGAAGCAGGGAACCAUCAACAAGAACGAUCGCAUCUCGCAGGAUCUGAGCUCGCGAAUCCGCCGGCGCUCUACCUGUGGAAGUCGGGAGUUUAUCACGUCGAGCUACCACGACGUUUUUCACCGGCGCCUCAUGCAGAUGUUGACGCAGGGGUCCUCGAAAGAGUGCGCAGAGGCGUUGCUUGCUCACGGCCUGACGCGGGAGUUCUUCACGGACCAGGCUCCGGCAUUCCGUCAACCACUGCAGCUUGAGGACACCUACAGGAAGGUCGAUGUGACCGUGCGCACGCGGCUGCUGCAGGAUGUGCAGAACCUGUCAAUGUCCACGAUUGCUGCUUCAAAGCGCAAGAAGAAGCCAGAGGAGGACGGAUCGGCUCGGAGGCGAAAAAGCGGUGGUGGACAGACCUCCGAGAAGCCGGAGGAGCAGGAUGUUGAAAUGGAGGAUGCCGAGGCUGCAGACGAUGGGGACAUCCCCGGCCUCGUGAAGCGCAAGCCGGGCUCCAAGGCUGCCCCGAAGAAGAAGGCUCUGAAGGACAAGGAGAAGGAUCUCAGCAAAUGCUCUCUGAAUGGCUGGCGCGCAUCAGUGAAGGAGAGGGCGAUGCAGACCUCUUCGCAGGUCACGCCGUCUCAGGAUGCUAAGCCUCUGCUGGUCAUGAAGUACAUCGAGGGCCAUACCUGCUCUGUGCGGCGGAAGAUCCGAAUGCGCGACAUCCUGGGGGCGUGGAACAUGUUCUGA